AUGGCGACUCCUAGCCGAACCAAGACCACCGCCCAGAGCAGCGCACUUCUCCUCGAGAAGCUGUCGGCUGUUCUGCCCAAAGGCUACCGCUUUGGUAUCUACCACCUCUCAACUCCCCCGACCAAGACGGACGCCCUCUAUUCAGCUCCUCCCGAAGAGCGAGAAGACAAGACCUUUUGCGAAAAACAUUUCCUUGCAAUCUCCAUCGAUAUUCCAUCAAGCACUACCGACGCUACGCAAGAAGGAGCAAAGGAGACUGCCUCGAAGCAAGUUCUUGUCCUCGCGCUAGAGGUCUUCAUCUACACGACGACAUACUCGAGCACUUUCUUCGUCGCCAAGGCCGAUUCAACUGGCUAUUUGAAGCUACACAACCUUCCCAAAGGCACGCCCUCGCCUAUCAAGGAAAUCAGUAGUGCCUUUGUCUCGUACCUGGUCGAGCAGCGCAGGCGCAAGGGCAUUCAGUCCAUCGUCAGUCUCUUCGCCCGGGCUCAAGAUCAAUACCUUUUCCCUGGUUCUGUCGAAUACAGUGGCAAGCAUGUGCUCGACGACAGAGGACUAGUGAAAUGGUGGUGCAAAGUCCUGGACCCUCUCUUGGAGAACCCUCCUGUAGGAAAGGGGGCUCCAUGGGGAAGUGUGAAAGGCUACCUCGUCAUCCCUGGACUCGACAACUACGAGACCAAGGCCUUCCUUCCCAAGACCCCAAAGAGCGCUGCUAAUUGGGUUAUCGGACACGCUCUCGAGAAGAUAUCUCACUACACCAAGGAAUACGAUUGGGUGCCCGCACGAUGCCUCAUCCCCCGAUUCCCAGACGAUCCGAAAUCCCGUUUCCGAGAUGAGCUGGACGAAGAGGCGGGCAAGUCGAAGCAAAUCAAAACCACAGGGCAUUGGAAGAGCGUCAAGACUUUGGAUACGUUCUGGGAAAUGAUGGCAUACAGACAGGAAUGCUCGAGCGGGCGGCUUACGGGCUUCAUCUGGGUUGUCUUUGACGAGGAAGCCGAGCGAGUGCAGAACGACAGCGCUUCCGCAGCUCUCCCAACACCGAACCCUUCUUUCGAUGCAUCAAACCCGCCAGUCACGCCUAGCAAGCAGAAGGCGGUGCGGCCCGUCACACCCAUGUCCACCCCUCGGAAGCUAUUCCCCGUGUCACCUUCUGGCACACCGACCAAGACGAAGACUAAGCCCGAGAAGCCCGAGAGCAAGAACAAACAUAAGAAGAACAAGUCCAAGUUGACGGGAGUCGUCAAGCCAAGACAGCCACGCAUCAAGACCCAACAGCGCAACUACCUGCUCGACAAGCCCAUCUCAACUGCCUACUAUUACUGGCCAGCCGAAGGUAGAGGCCGCAAGAUUGUCGACGAUAAUGACUACAAGAGAGUCAAUGAGCUCCUCCUGCGCCUGGACUUUGCAAAGCCAGAGAUUGCAGCUAGCGGCACGCGGCGAUGGAUUAGCGAGGUCGGCAUGGGAGACGACUGGGGCAUGCAGGUCGUGGGCAGGAAGGAGACUCAGACGCCGGCGUCAAAUGACUCUUCAGCGAAUGCCGUGAAUGUCAUCUCAGGCCUUAUUAAGCGCAAGCGCCCCGAUGACUCCGCGACUCCUAGUUCGGAUGAGCCGGCGAGCAAGGUCAACGUCCUCAGCACGGGGCUCAUCCGAAAGAAGUCCAAAGACGAAUCUGCAACCGCAGACACUGCCAAGGCCUCAACGGCGAACGGUGGGGAAGCUCCGCAAGUCAACGUGCUUGGAGCUGGUCUUGUUCGUAAGAAGCGUGAUGCAUGA